CCGGUUGCUAGGAUACCGCGUCCCGGCGGGGGCUGCUGGUGCCCGGGUGUCCGCUCGUCCUCGGCCGCCGCCACCGCCAUGCGCCCGGCCCCGGAGCCAGGCGCCGAGCUGCUUGCAGAUCCCUACGAGAGCUUCAUGUACCACCACCUCCGGUACUACGGCUACUUCAAAGGACAGGAGAAAGCACUGCAGAACAACUCCAUACUGCCUUCAGGGCACCAGCAGAAGAGCUCUACUUGCCUGCUGAAGCAGGAUGGCUUCCAGGAGAGUAAUAAAUCAAACCAAAAUUCUCUGCAGGACAAGAAGAAGCUUAUAUGUUCUCUGAUGCUGGAGGCAGCGCUUCUCAAGAACAAACAGGUUCUAGUUCAUCAUCCAGAAAGUCUGGGAUUUCCAUGCCUGAGGGAACCUCGGGGGCUUUUUACUCUUCCCACCUCAGGAAGUCUCCUUCAGGCACCACAGUGGCCAAUUGAGUGUGAAGUCAUCAAGGAACAAAUCCAGCACAUUGAGUGGGUACCGCCCAACUUGGAGCCAUUUUACCAGCUCACAGGGAAUGAGAAGGCACCAGAGAUUGUAGGAGAGGAAAAAGGAACAGUUGUUUACCACAUAAAUCCAGCAGCCAAAGGCACCUGCUUUACCUGUGCCCGGGUUGGAGGUACUCGAGGGCCUGUCAGGUCACCUGCAGUUACCUUGGAAGGCCCAGAAGACACCACUCUGCUCUUUGAAUCACGGUUUGAGAGCGGGAACCUCCAGAAAGCUGUCAGAGUUGGUCCCUAUGACUAUGAACUGACACUGCGGACAGACCUCUACACCAGUAAACACACCCAGUGGUUCUACUUCCGAGUUAGGAACACGAGGAAGGAUAUCCUGUAUCGCUUCACAAUUGUCAAUCUCAUGAAGCCCAAGAGCCUGUACAGCAUGGGCAUGAAGCCCCUCCUGUACUCUGAGAGGGAUGCCCAGACCAACGGCAUUGGCUGGAGGAGAGAGGGGGCCGACAUCUGCUACUACCGAUGCAGUUCCAAGGAGAAGCAGGCCACAUAUUGUUUAACCUGGACUGUGCACUUCCCACAUGACCAUGACACAUGUUACUUUGCCCACUCUUACCCCUACACUUACUCGGACCUGCAGCGCUACCUGCUGGCAAUGACCAAUGACACAGUCUACUCACAGUACUGCAAGCUCCGGGCUCUGUGCCAGAGCCUGGCAGGCAACACUGUCUACCUCCUUACCAUUACCAGCCCCUCCAGGAACCCUGAUGAGGCUGCUGCCAAGAAGGCUGUGGUGCUGAGUGCCAGGGUGCACCCUGGAGAAACCAGUGGCUCAUGGGUGAUGCGAGGCUUCCUUGAUUUUAUCCUGAGCAAUGCCCCUGAUGCUCAGCUCUUAAGGGAGCUCUUUAUAUUUAAGGUGGUGCCCAUGCUGAACCCAGAUGGUGUGAUUGUGGGGAACUAUCGCUGCUCUCUGGCUGGGCGGGACCUGAACAGAAACUACAAGACAAUACUGAAGGAGUCCUUUCCCUGCAUUUGGCAUACCCGUGCCAUGAUCAAGAGAGUCCUGGAGAAGCGAGAGAUUCUGCUGUAUUGCGACUUACAUGGGCACAGCCGAAAGAACAAUGUCUUCAUGUAUGGCUGUAACAACAAAGGACCUACAGCACAGCAGCUCCAUGAGCGCAUCUUCCCUCUGAUGCUGAGCAAAAAUGCUCCUGAUAAGUUUUCUUUUCACAGCUGCAAGUUUAAAGUCCAGAAAAGUAAAGAAGGGACAGGUCGGAUUGUGAUGUGGAGGAUGGGAAUCCCAAACAGCUACACCAUGGAGUCCACCUUUGGUGGCUCGACACUGGGCAAGAAGAGUGACUCACACUUUACCUCAGAGGACCUCAAGUCUCUGGGCUAUCAUAUCUGCGACACUCUCUUGGAUUUCUGUGAUCCUGACCGCUCUAAGUUUCUGCAAUGUAUGGCUGAGCUGCAGGAGCUGCUGCGGCAGCAAAUCUGUCAGAAGCUCAAGGAGCGUGGGCAUAAGGAGGACUUGGAUGGCACCUGGAGUGACAACUCCCUGUCAGACAUUGAGUCCAGCACCAGUGGCUCCAACAGCUCCCAUUCAGAUGGCCUCCCUGCUCACUUACUCAGCUUGGCAGAGAAGUUUAACCAGAAGAAGAGGAAGAAGAGAUGGCUCCGGACAAGGAAAGAAAGGAAUGAACUGCACCAGAAAUACACCUUGCCACAGAAAAUGGUGGGUUGGGAAAGCCUCUUGGUGAGAGUUGCUCCUUCCAAAUCAAGAAAACGACCUGCUUUUUUCAAGAAUUCAGGCAGAUGCAGCAGUGCAGGAAAGAGAACUGAGCAGAUGGCAGAAGAGAAAAAUGUGGCAAGUCCCAUGUGCCGAGUCCACCAGCCUGUCAGCACGCUGUCUUUGUGCAUGGAGAAUAGCAGUGGCAAACAGGGCAAGAAUCCAGAAGACAUAAUAAUGUCCUAUCUGCAGAGGAGAAAACUAAAUGCUAUUCAAGAGUCUCGCCAUUUAAAAGGAAGGUUGUCUUGGCACACAUUUUCUUGCAUUUCAACUUUACAAUGCUUGAUCCGAUGCGACACCAUGCCAGCGAACAAGUUCGCUGCAUCACCCAUCUCCCUGGAGAAUAUCUGUCCAAACUUCCUUGGACACUUUUUUAAAGAAAGCAGACAAGUCUCCAGAAAAACCUGCAACCAAGACUCCUGAGAAGACUCCAGCCAAGAACCCUUCAAAAAGUCCAACCAAGAGCCCUUCAAAAAGUCCAGCAAAGUCACCUCAAAGAAGUCCUUCCAAAUCAAUAUGAUUGCUAUUUACAAUAUAAAUACAUUAAUGCAGCUAUAUUACUCAUCUAUAAUUGAUUGACUACAAAAUUCUGGGGUAUUUUUGGUGAAAAUAGGGUAUCAGGCCUUGGUUCAGGAACCAAUCCCCCAUUUAAAACAUUGUUUCUUAUGAGAAAAUUGGUCCCGAGUUAUAAUGUUUCAACUUAAAACAUGGUUUUCAGGAACCAAUUGUGUCGUAAGUCCGAGGACUGCCUGUAUUUACAAUUUUAAAGCAGUUUGGAAGCGUACCAGUGCCUCAAUCAUUAUAAUAAAAUAAAUUCUAAAUA